AUGGCGGGAAAGACGUUGACCAUUGUCCUCUCCACCACGAUCCCGGGGGUGUUCAUCAUCGCUCUUGCUAGCGCCAUCUGCUUCUAUGUUCGCAGGCGAAGAUCAGGCAUCUUCAACCGUGGCAUCACCCCCAUCGCAGACGAGGAGAUCGAGUCUUGGCGUGUCGAGAAGAACGACGAGAAGGAAUCCGAUGUCGAGCACGGCACGAGGCCUUUGACCCACCAACACACCAACAGCGGGAGUCAAGGGCACCAUCACCACAACAGCUCUGUGAGCUCUGCCCAUAAGCCGCCGAGCCUCAUCGUCUACCAGAAUGUCCCACCUUCAUAUCAGACCAGGAUGUCUGGUGAGCAUUCGCCGAAGUCGCUUGGCCAUAAGAGAAGCGUCGAUCUCCCUCAGACACCUGUGUUAGCACGGGCCCCCAACUCCCGACCGGGGCUCACGGAUGACACUGUCCAGGGUGACGAUGCCUAUAUCCCUCAGGUGAAGCGCCAGACGUCGCGGCUCGGCAAGCUUCACAACAGCAACGGUGCUACAGUGGUCCGGCCGCAGCAUAACCGACACCGCAGCGCCCACACUGGUCUCGGGCGAGAACGCUGGCAUGGCCAACAGGAGCAAGCAGACGACUACCCACUGCGAACACGCCAGUCGGCCGACAACAUUCCCCGGCGGAACCAGAGAGGCCACGAGAGGAUGUACUCUGCCGGUUUCACCCAGCCUCGGAUGUCAUUGGAGGAGACGUCCCUCGUUGGGCUACCUCCGCAACCCGUCGUCCAUAGAUCUGAGAUCGGCCGUGCCAUAGGUUGA